AUUAUCAUUAUAUUUCCACUAUAAUAAUAAAAAUAAAAUAAUAAUAAAAAUAAGAAUACUAAUAAUAAGAAUAAGAAUAAUCAAAUGCCAAUGAUCGAAUUACAUAAGUUAAGAAAUGAUUUACCUUUAAACACAAAUUCAGUCAUGGUCAAUGAAUCAUCUACAUCUACAUCUACUACAUCAUCACGAUGGAAUACAAAAGAGUUUUAUUUAUAUUAUGUGGUUAUAGCUUUAGUAGUUCCAUACAUGUUUUAUAUUACUUAUGGACUGAGUAAAAUGGAUCAUCCAAACUAUCAUCUAUACAGUCAUCUUUUAUCAGAGGGUUGGAUAUUCAAUAGAAAAGUGGAUAAUAGUGACUUGCAAUAUGCUCAAUUUCGUAAUCAUCUUCCUUUACUAUUCGUAUUAGCCUUCUUCUAUCUUCUUCUAAGUCGACUCUAUCAUCAUGUUUUAAUAAAAAAGCAAAAGAGACAGACAAACAGCGAUAGUUCAGUAAGGUUAAAGGCUAGUUUUCAUGUACUGACUUCGCUUAUCAUUCUCACUGCUUUACACGGUACAAGUUUGAUUAAAAUAUGGAUCAUCAUUACAACGAGUUAUUUAUUGGGUCGUCUGGGUCAUGACACGAAAUGGAACCCCUUUUUAACUUGGCUAUUUAAUUUACUGAUCUUGUUCUUAAAUGAGUAUUUUGGUGGUUAUUCGUUUAAAUCUAUGAUUGCAUCUCCUUUCAUGGAUCAAUAUCAAGGCUUGUUACCAAGAUGGCAUGUAUUUUUCAACUUUACUAUACUUCGACUUAUUUCAUAUAAUAUGGAUUAUUAUUGGAAACACAACAAUUUGAAUAAGCAUCAUGAUCCUUAUGAAGAAGAACCAACCGAUAAGGAUCGUAUUCAAAUACCUUGUGUCUUACAAGAUUAUAAUUAUCUUAAUUUCUUGUCUUAUAUCCUUUACUUACCUCUCUAUUUAUGUGGUCCUAUCAUUACUUUUAAUGAUUUUAUUUCUCAGUUACGUUUUCCAUCUUCAAAGGUCACACCUCGAUUUAUCUUUACAUAUGCCUUGCGUCUUGCUUUUGUUAUUCUACUUAUGGAACUGACUCUUCACUAUCUUUAUGUCGUAGCUAUCUCAAAGGCACAAGCUUGGAAUGAGGCUCACAACUCUCCUCUCGAAUUAUGCAUGAUUGGUUAUUUUAAUCUUGUUAUCAUCUGGAUGAAGCUUUUGAUACCAUGGAGGUUUUUUAGACUCUGGGCUUUAGGGGAUGGCAUCUAUACAGAAGAAAAUAUGAUUCGAUGUGUCAGUAAUAACUUUUCAGGUCAACGAUUUUGGAAAAGCUGGCAUAGAAGCUUCAACCGCUGGACGAUUCGAUAUAUUUAUCUACCUCUAGGUGGUUCUCAUUAUAUUACCUUGAAUAUAUGGAUUGUCUUUACAUUUGUCGCUCUUUGGCAUGAUAUAGAAUUAAAAUUACUUGCUUGGGGUUGGCUCAUCUGUUUAUUUCUGCUACCUGAAAUAAUUGGAACUCGAUUAUUUACAUAUAAAAAGUUUGGUAGCACUUUUUAUUAUAGAUUUGUAUGUGGAAUAGGUGCUGUAUGUAAUAUAGGGAUGAUGAUGAUUGCUAAUCUAGUUGGAUUUUGUCUUGGAGUAGAUGGUAUGAAAACUAUGCUAAAACAAAUCUUUAAUAAUUCAAUGGAUGGAUUCGUCUUUUUGAUUUCAGUUAUUUUUUGUCUUUAUACUGCAGUACAAAUCAUGUUUGAAAUAAGGGAAUCUGAAAAGAGAAGAGGUGAUCCAAAAUGGCUUAUGUAAUGUAAAAGAAAAAACUAACACUACUACUACUACUACCACUACUACUACUACUUCUUAAGAAUAAUAUGCAUACGUAAUUUAUCCAUAUUACUACA